CCCCUUCUCCUUCGUCACCCUCUUUAUCUUUAUUGCUGGCUACACCACUGCGCGCUGGCAUCUUGGCACCCGUCUUUAUGAACUGGCCAUCUUCGCUUGGGACAACGGAGUAGUCGCACGCACCGCCCGCGGGUUUCUCGGUCUCUCGCUUCUUUUUGCGUUUAUUGCGAUUCCGGUUGUGCUGCUUGCUAGGACAGAAGGGUCGCUGCACCCCAGGGCGUCGGGUGUGGGUGUUUCAGCACGAGAGCAGCUCCGACGUCGAGGUUCAUUCUGAGGGCGCUAUUUGACAUGGUAGAACAUGAUGGGCUUAUGAGAGUAUUCUGGCCGACGGACGUGGUUAAGUUCGACCGUCCGGGAGUGGUCGUUGGCUGGCGCAACUCAAAUCUGGACGUCUUUGUUGUAGCGGUGUUAGACGACGUUGAUGCUCGCGAUGUCGAAUUCCAUAUCAAGCACGGCACCUUCUUCAGGUCGUCGCCGCACACGCCUUCUCAUGCAUUCGAAUUAUGCGGCCAUUCGUCGAUGCACGUCCUCGGAAUCUCGAAUCCAACCGACCCGAGUGCGAUGAACCCUUCUUGGCUAUGUGCAGUGCCAUCUUCGUCUCGACGAUCCCCUAGGAUCACUUGCGCGAAAGCGUCCAGUGUGCAACUGAUCAUGUACAAUCGACCGCGACCAAAAGGAAUGCAAUACAUCUCUCUUGACCCGAUUGCGCUGGCUCUCGACUACGAGGGCUCGGAUACUCGCCACCCGAAGACUGUCGGCCCAGAUAGUGCGGAGGAAAAGCAAGAAAAGCAGGCGCACGAGCAGCGACAAAAACUUGUCGAGAAGCUGAAACAACACACGAUCGUCAAGAGGGUGCCCUCAGCGCGGGACAAGGCGCUCGCCAAGAUCGUCAACCAGGUUAAUUGGUCUUGGGAGUUGGAGCAGACUUUGCAGAAGAACGUAGGCCGACUUGGGCCAAGACCGAAGCGCAGCUUGAGCGUUUCCCAGCAGGUUGUGGAAUCGGCCGCGACAAUGCGCAAUUAUGUGUUGCAGCAACUUCUCGAGAUUUUCACUCUCUAUCUGUUCCCCACGAUUCGGCAGAUCUUUGUCAGUCUCCUGACGCUGCACCGUCUGGUUGCCGAGGCAUUUCUCGUUCUCCUGGAGUUCCGCAUCAAGCCUGGACGUCCAGCACUCAAGGAUGUGUCCGCGACAGCCCAGCAGAUUGAGAUUCGACUGCAACAGUUUUGCUACUGGCCAAUGCAGUACGUCAAGCUCCGAGAACGGAAAAGUAAUUGGGCGAGCAUCAACACGAGCCAUCCUGACUACAUUCGCUUCUACAAUAGCUUGUGGCUCGUGGCCAACGAUGUCAUCAUAGGACUUGCGCUCGGAUCCUACAUUAUCGAUCAUGCGGAUUUUGUGGCGUCGGCUGUGGAGGGUCUGCUCAAGACCUACACGGUCGAUGCUUUGCAAAGCAGCAUAUUGUGGCUGACAGGCUGGCCUGCUGGUUUGAAGUUGAACGACGAGUUGGCUGCCUUCCUUGGCGAUCUGUUUCUUUGGGUCAUUGACUAUUGGGCUAGUAAGUAUCUAACCCGGCUGCGUGACAAGCUUCUAACAAUGGCCAUAGACUGCGUUGAAACUCUGGGUCCCUUUCUGCCCAAGAUCGUCUGGUUCAUCGGCUUCUCUUCGUUCGCCGGCGCCAGCAUGCCGAUUGCCAUGGUGUCUGACAUGCUCUCCGCCUUGACAGUUCACAUCUAUUCCUUCUACCUCGCGUCCGCUCGCAUCUACCAUUGGCAGCUUGUCAUACUGCAAUCGCUCUUCCACCUCUUCCGCGGUAAGAAGCACAACGUCUUACGCAACCGCAUUGAUUCUUGCGACUACGACUUAGACCAACUCCUUGUCGGCACCAUCUUGUUCACGUUGCUCUUCUUCCUGCUGCCGACCGUGGUUGUUUUCUACCUAAAUUUCGCGGUUGCUCGAAUGAUCAUUAUAUCAUUGAAGGCUGUGUUCGACACGAUGCUAUCUUGCUUGAAUCAUUUUCCCCUGUUUGCACUCAUGCUUCGCCUCAAAGACCCGCGUCGUCUACCGGGGGGCAUUCGCUUCGAACUUCGAGAUACCCUUGUCGCGACUUCCGCGACCGGGACGGUGACUGAACCCCCGACGUCGGUCAUAUAUCUCAAGUCCGUCCCGUUGUCCUUCACAGCCAUGUUCAACCAGUACUUCCAGAUGGCGCACCGCAUUCGAAAGCAUUAUUUGUCGCCUAGUGUUCUGCUUUGUCUUUUGACAGGGCGAUUUGUUCCACCAAUCGACCGGCGCAACCUGUACAGCCUUCAGUAUAGCAUGCUGCCCGCGAAGAGGGCUACCGUGGGCGAGAUGUGGAAAGCCCUCAAGGUGGAGAAGAAGACACCUAACGCAACACAGUAUCCAGUGCUUCCAAAGCUGCCGACCUUACCUGGCAGGAGGAUGGGUAGGACGAGAAGUGGGCUGUGAUGAUAGACAUUAUGAAUAAUUGAAAAGCUCACGUUCAGAUACGUCUGGUGUUCCAAUGGCAACGAGUGCUUGAGCGAGACUCUGUCCAAACACUUCAAACUGCUGGCCGAGG